UGGUGGCUACAGUCAUUGUAAUUUGAUAUCUGAGAAGAAUGACAUGGAGAUGGCAAAUAGCUUGGGGCCUGUUUGUAGACAGAACCUGCUCAUCCACUCAGGAAACUCGCUUACCCGAGACCACCCAUUGAGUAGUGAAAGAUGCCUACAUGUUAGUCAGCUGAAUUUGUCUCGCUCAGAUGCAAGGCCUCCUUUUCAAGACUCCGCAGACUCUACCACUCCAUGCAUGAAUGGAAGCCACACUACUCAACAUAUAAAGCAGGAGUGCCCAAGCAAUUAUAAGGGCCCGUCUGAGGUUUACACACACAGAGGAAUUACUGAAGGAAUGGAAUUGAGAGGCUCAGGCAGCCUUCGCCCUGAAAUAGACCUAAUGAACAAUGGCUUUACAAAUUCACUUUCAUCAUACUUGUUCAAUAAUGAACAUAGCUCCUCCCUGAGCUCAGUGUCACUCAGCAGCCCUCAGCAUUCAAGCAGACACCAGGGAAACAACCUGAAGCGGAGGUGCAUCUCCAUGCUGCCGUCUUCUACUGAUGGGAUUGAUAUUACAGCCAUCAUCCGCACAUCACAGACAUCACUGGUUACCUGCAUGAAUGGACUACGAACUAAUUCAACUGGCAUUUCCUCUUCUCCCGGGGAGAUUACUCUCCAUAGUGCUCAGAAACCUGCUCAUCUGCAGUCUUGCUCCCAAGCUGGGAACCACUGCCGCCUUCCUUCCCCCUCUGUAUGUCUUGUUCCUGUGUCCUCUGAAGUUGUCCGAGGGGACUGCGACCAUCUGCAAAUGCAGCAAACAGGAAAAAAUGCAGGUCUCUGUCAUGUAAUGAACAAUGCUAGUGGUCCUCAGCAAGACAUCUCAUGCGGCAACCAAAAAUUGAAUUUUUUAAAACAAGAACCACUUGACGAAUAUUCUUCUGCCUCUGAUCUUUUUCAGCAUCACCAAGAGCUACCACCACCUUAUCAUUUACACCAGCAGCGAAGCCAAACUCAAGAGAUACUCUCUCAUUUACAUGCCUCCAUGUCUCCAAAGUCUCUUCAAAUGAACGAAGGUGACGAACAGGAGACCAGCCAUGGCAGACAGGCCUGUCGGUGGAUUGACUGUAGUGCUGCCUACGAUCAGCAAGACGAACUGGUCCGGCACAUAGAAAAAACACAUAUUGAUCAACGGAAAGGAGAGGACUUCACUUGCUUCUGGACAGGUUGUGUCCGUCGAUAUAAGCCUUUCAAUGCUCGUUAUAAACUGCUGAUUCAUAUGAGGGUUCAUUCUGGAGAAAAACCAAACAAGUGUAUGUUUGAAGGGUGCAACAAAGCAUUUUCUCGACUUGAAAACCUUAAGAUUCACCUUCGAAGUCACACGGGCGAGAAGCCUUAUCUUUGUCAGCAUCCUGGCUGCCAGAAAGCUUUCAGCAACUCUAGCGAUCGAGCUAAGCAUCAACGAACACACCUGGAUACUAAACCAUAUGCCUGUCAAAUUCCUGGGUGCGCCAAACGCUACACUGAUCCAAGUUCCCUCCGGAAACAUGUGAAGGCACAUUCUGCCAAAGAACAACAGGUGCAUCCUAAGCUAAACUCGUGCUCUGAUGCUGAACAAGACAUAUUGAGUGAAUGCUUAGCUAUGCAGCAGCUUCACCCUUCUCCGCAACACAUAUUGGAUGGGAAGGGAAACCUUUCUCUCAGUCUCACCAUCCUCACAGGCAUGUACACUGGUUCCAGCACUAAUCACAAUGGACUGUCUCCUGGUCUUCUGUCACCACCUCUCGAUGUACCUUCAAGGCAACAUAUGCUUGAGUCAGCCAUCACCAGUGCACACCAUCAUGCAUCUCCCAUAGACAGUACCAGAGAAGGGAUUGUUCCAAAUAUUCAUCCUCCUCUUAUUAGUCCACUGAAAACGGUAGUUGCUCCCUCCCAUCUUCAGAAGCACAGCUCACCAUCAUCACACAGCCAAUCUCCAAAUGGGCAGCAUUUCUCAGCAAAUAAACCAUACACGCAUUUUCAGAACCAACCUACACAGCAGGGACCACAAGGUUAUCAAGGCAGCUUUCACUCUAUACAGAACUGUUUCCAUUAUGGAGACUGUUACAGAGCAAUAGACACAUCUGUCAACAGCGAUGCUCUAUCAGGGGACUCUCAUUGUUUUAACUCUUUGCGACAAAAUGGAUAUCACAUUCUAAGUGCGCCUGUGACUUCAACAGGCUAUGAUGUCGUUUCUGAAGCACCAUGUAUAUCAGAAGAAGUAGUUGUCAAUGGACCAGAAGAGAAUAAUGCAUUUUUUCAAAACAGCACUUUUGACCACUGUCUGAAUCAUAUUCCUCCUAUCUACACAGAUACCUAAGUGCAGCUUAAUUUUUUGUUUUCUUUACCAUGCUUAAAAUACCUUUUGUAUUUACAGGAUUAUUGUUCAACUACCUUUACUGUGUUUAAUCUACAACCCUUUAUGUGCUCAUUUAACUCAGCCUCUCACAUUUACCAAUCUCUUUUUUAAAAAAUAAAGGAAUAUACUGUGUAAUUAUUGGUAUCUAUUCCUUUGCUGUGGCACUUUGAAAAUGAUUCUAAGGGAGAAAGAGAAACAUCUAAAACUGUUUGAUGUGUAAGUUCCUUUUAGUAAAAUAUAAAUU